AUGCUUAAGUCAUUCUAUCUUUCUCUUAAGGGCAGUUUUAGUUUUAACCUCUGCAGAAGAAAUGAUAUACUUGAAAAGAAAGGUCUCAAACCCCCUAAUUACUUGAAGACUGGAACCACUAUUGUUGGUUUUGUUUUCCAGGUUGCCGAUCUAUUGGUUUUUGUAACCUCAGCAAGGUCUUCAUCUGAAGAAACUGCUUCUCACUAUAUUGACAUGUUUGGAAAUCAAUGCCUUUCUGUAUUUAAGUCUCUUGGUUUUGAGAUGUUUGCAAUUACUAAUUUUCUAUUAUCCAAUUAUUUUAUCAAACCUAAAGUUGAAUUGAUACAAUGGUGCAAGAUUGAGUGA